CGAAGCGUGACCUCUGACCCCAGACCGGAAGUUGUGCUGAGUUCGCACUAGUUGGCGCUCCGGUAGCAGAUCCAGGAUCACACGGAGCUAUUAUCGAUCAUCGAUCAGCCGAGUCGCUCGUGAACAGCGAGACAACACAGCAGAAGGUGUUCGGAUACACUUCCGGUUCGACCCGGUCCGGUGAAGAUGUGUGAGGAGCAGACGGUGUCUCUGGUGGACGUUCUGGAGGAAGAUGAGGAGUUGGAAGAAGAAGCCUCAGCAGUGUUGGGAGGAAGUGAUUCUGAUUCCUGCUCUUAUCCUCAGGGCUACGUGAAGCGCCAGGCGCUGUACGCCUGCAACACGUGCACGCCGCAGGGAGGCGAGGCUGCAGGGGUCUGUCUGGCCUGCUCCUACAAAUGUCACGAAGGUCACGACCUUUAUGAGCUUUACACCAAGAGGAAUUUCCGCUGCGACUGUGGAAACAGGAAGUUCUCUGGGCUGCAGUGUAAACUUUACCAUGAAAAGGAUGCCGUCAACAGCCAAAAUAAAUACAAUCAUAACUUUUUUGGAGUUUACUGCACCUGCCGUCGGCCGUAUCCUGACCCUGAUGACCAGGUCGAGGAUGAGAUGAUUCAGUGUGUGGUGUGUGAAGACUGGCUGCAUGGCAGGCACCUGGGUCGUGUGGUUCCGGACUGCGUGGAGUUACAGGAGAUGAUCUGUGAAUCCUGUAUGAACAAAAACCCGUUUCUCUGGACCUACGCUGCUCACCUGGCAGGUCCAGAGGUUCUGGUGGAGGAGAGGAGGGACGAGUCGUGUGCAAAUGUUCCUAAGAAAGCAGAGGUUGAUGAUGUAAUUGAGCCAAGUUGUAAGAGGAGUCGAGAGGAGGUGGAGCCAAGCUGCAGACUGAAGGUGCUACAGGCGAGUCAGCAGAAAAGAGACCAAUCAGGAGCUGUGUUCUGGCCGUCAGCGUGGCGCUCCAAGCUCUGCUCCUGCAUCACCUGCCAGGCACAGCUGUCUGCAGCUGGACUGUCCUUCCUGUUGGAUGAGUUGGACACGGUCCUGGCGUAUGAAAACAAAGGGAAGAGCAGCGAGCAGGUCCACCAGGGUCACGACCCUCUGAUGUCCGCUCUGGACAAUUUGAACCGCGUCCAGCAGCUGGAGAUCAUCCACGGCUACAACGACAUGAAGACGGAGCUGAAGGACUUCCUGCAGACAUUUGCAGCGGAAGGAAAGGUGGUGACCUCUGAGGAUAUCCGUCACUUCUUCGAACAACAGAGUCGUAAACGGCGUCGGGUCGACGCCGGCCCGUUCUACUGCUCCUGAUGUGUGUGUUUGUAACGAGAAUAAAACU